AUGGAACUCUGGAAUAUCACCUCAAUAAAUAGUUUCUUCCUGGUUGGAAUUCUCCAGGAUAGCAAGUUCCCUGAACUUGUCUGUGCUGCUAUCAUAUUCCUGUAUCUGGUGGCCAUAACUAGUAAUGGUCUUCUGCUCCUAUUGAUUACUAUAGACAAUAGACUUCAUAUGCCCAUGUACUUCUUGCUCAGCCAGCUCUCCCUUAUGGAUCUGCUAUUCACAACAGUUGUUGCCCCCAAGACAUUGGUAGACUACCUACGUGGACAAAACACUAUCUCUUUUAUAGGCUGUGGGCUUCAGAUGUUUCUGGCCCUGACACUUGGGGGUGCAGAAGACAUUCUAUUGGCUUUCAUGGCAUAUGACCGCUAUGUAGCCAUUCAUCACCCAUUGAACUAUAUGGUUUUAAUGAGACCAAAAAUUUGUUGGUCCAUGGUGGCUAUAUCUUGGCUCUUGGCAUCUCUAAGUGCUCUUGGGUAUACUAUUUAUACUAUGAAUUUCCCUUUCUGUAGAAAUCAAGAGAUUCACCACCUUCUCUGUGAAAUCCUUCCACUACUAAAGCUUGCAUGUGCUGACACUUCGCAGUAUGAGUUUAUGGUAUACACAAUGGGUGUGACCUUCCUUCUUAUCCCUCUCUCUGCUAUCCUUGCCUCCUAUAUCUUAGUAUUGAAUUCUGUGUUUCACAUGCCCUCAGCACAGGGGAGACAGAAAGCUCUCUUUACCUGUUCAUCCCACCUGACAGUGGUUGGGAUGUACUAUGGAGCUGCCAUGUUCAUGUAUGUCCUGCCCAGUACCUACCAUAAUCCUUGGCAGGACAAUAUCCUUUCUGUGUUCUAUACUAUUGUAACUCCAGCCCUGAAUCCUCUAAUCUACAGCUUGAGGAAUAAGGAUGUGCUAGGGGCCCUGAAGAAAGUUAUAGGGAAAGAAUCCUCAGAGCCAAAAUAG